GAACUUUUGAUGUGCUUGCUAACCACAAUUAUAUUUUGGUGUUAUCAACAUUUGUAAUGCUUUAAAAUGGUUCUUAGGGAUUUGAGCUAUUUAGAUCUUUUUUGUUUUUGUUAUAUAAAUUCACCUGACCUUGGACGGGGGGUUAGGCUGAUUUCUUUUUAUUACUUCAAAAAAAAUAAUAAUUUUACAAAUAAUGGUUGACAUGCCCCAAAAGAAAAUCACUUCCAGCUAUACAAGUUAUAGGCCCUUUUUUCUAUGCCUAACUUGACAAACAUUAAUUAUUGGUGAAUUGCUAAAUUGCUAAAAGCUUUGGAAUGAGUAAAAUAGAGCUUUUGGUCCUUUGGACUAUUAUAACAUACAUUGUUAAAUAUUUGAUAAACUUUUAACUGCGGAUUCUCAUUUUUUUCUUUAUGAUCUAUGUUGCUGCCCUGGUUGCCUGGCUGUGGGAUCAUCACGUGCCAUCUAUGUUUUACAGUGCUUGGUGGACUGGCUUUCAUGUUUUCGGCCAGUUUUCUAUUGCAAAUCCUGGCUUGUGCACUGUACAACAACUGGUGGCCUAUGUUAACUGGAUUUCAUUAAUUAUAGCCCUCAUGUAUGUGUUGGUGCCAAUGCCUUGUAUGUUUUUCGGAGGUGGAUCUACACAUUUCCUGACCAGCAGGGAGAGUGGAGGUUGGAUAAACGCAGCAAAGUUUCUCACCGGUGCCUCGGCCAUCGGAAGCAUCGCCAUACCCGCAAUCUUACGGCACGCUCAUCUGAUCGAAACAGGUGCAAUGUUAAUCGAAUUCACCUCAUUCUUCAUUUUAGUCUGUACUGUACUCUGCUUCCAUCGAGUUAGUCUUGAUGAGGAUUGGUAGCUUAGGACUUUGUUUCACCGGCAUUAAUUUAUGGUCCCAUAAAGUCUUUUGAAAACACUUACUAUUGUAGUAUUUAACCUCUAGGCAAGGGAGAGCCCUUGCUUUAAGUACAGAAAAAGUAAGGAGCAUUUAUGUUCUAAUUAAUUCCUAUGUAUUAUAUUUCA